AUGGCCAAGAAGCACACCACCGACGGAUUUUAUUCAACGAGUCGGGUCAUUGUGGAUAGCAAAGGGUGGGUCGAUGACCUUAACAAGAAGACAGCGCACCAUGCUGCCGAUGCAAUGAAGAUAACCAAUGAGACAGUAAAGAACAUCGCGGAGGCGACGGCAGACGCGGAGGCCGCAAUCGAGUCUUAUCUCACGGCGCUGAAUAAGGAGAACGGUGUGAUCGCAGCUGCGAAGCGUAUACAAAGCCUAUCUGGAGCCCCUGAAUCUUCCACAGUAACCACCGAUGGGCCCUCACUGCGCACAGUGGAGGAGGUGAUCGCCUCCGUGAAAAACGAGGCGGUGACACAUUCCGGUGGCCAGCGCACAGAUGGAGUGGAUACCGGUGUGAUAUUGCAACAUGUUGGUGAAACAGGUAACACAAUGACAGACGACAGGGCGUCUUCACUGCGUGACCUGACUGGAGCGGAGCAUGUUGUCGCAGGUUUGAGGAGCGCAAAACCCCGGCGCACAAGCACCAUCGGAAGUGGACACGACUUGCGAAAAGACCACCCGGAACGUCAUGGUACAGCGGAGGUUUUCCCACCGGCAUCCAGCGCAGGUUCAGAACGCGGAACAACAAACAAUGACUUUGACGUUGCUGAGAGUGCGACAGAUCUCCAUGACAGGAAUGGCCAAGCAGCAGGGGAUGUGUCUCCCGCUCAAUCCAUAAGUUUGGAUUCUCUUGAGCAAAAUGCCGACCACACGCAACUGUCCAAGACAGGAACCAACGUGCCUGCGCGUCGGAUUGUUCUUGACGGAAGGCAACACGGUAUGAUACAUGACUUUGGCGGCGUUGACGGCAGCAGCGGCCAUGCGUGGGUGCGUGCGCCGGUGCUGCUGUUGCUGCUGCUCGGGGCGGUGACCUCCCUUGAUGUGCUCUGUGCGGUGUGA